AUGCUGUGCAGAGGUUUAUGGCAUAAGAGGUUCUUCCAGGUGUGGGAGAGUUCCAUCUGCAGCCAGGUAGAUCCACGAAACCGCGCAUGCACAGAUGGAAACUUUAAUGAAAAAACUGGAAUUGAAAACGGGUAAUAUAUCAUAUCUCAACAUUUAUUCAAGGUCAAAAUCAUGCCAGUAUUUACACCAUGUUUUUGGUUUGUGUAAAACAUGCUUGGUAUCUCUAUGUAUAGGGAACAGUUUUAUAAGGAGAAGUUCUCUGACAGUAUUUUAUUUCCCUGUUGAGCACGACUUUUAUGUCCCCAGCCUUUGUAUUUAUGAGUCUUUCCAGGCCAAGGAUAGAAAAUCAUAAUCUGUUUAUAUGUUAACAUCUUUAUAGCUAGAACUUUUUAUUCAUAAGGAGUUAUGUUGGGAAUCGCCUGCAUGUUUGAUGGAUUACUUAAUGCCAUAAGAUUAAUAUUAAACUUGAGCCUGCAGGUAUUUAACUGGAUACUUACGUUAGACUCUGUUUGUGUGUAAAAAAAAAAAAAAAAAAAUUUUUUAAUUGCUUUGUAAAGAUUACCUUUAUAAUUUUACUUGACACUGGCAUCAUGAAUUCUCCAUGGGCAUCAAAAGGUUUCAGUUAAGGUGGAACAUUCAAAUAAGGUUCAGUCUCACCUACCUCUACUGUCUCAUCUUUUCUCACUGUUUUAUUCUUUUAACUGCUCCUUAUUCAUUUGAAAUACAAACUCUGGAUAUAAAAAGCACAUCACAUUCCAUAGGUAUGCAUAGUCUAGCUUAUGGAAGAUUUAUGAUAUUGUUUUACACAUACAAAAUGUUACGUGUGGAGAAACACUCAAUAUAACAACAACCUCAAAUUAGGGUGCUAUUCCUUGAAGGUACUCCCUCAAAUACCAACACAAUUAAUAAUCAAUAACAAAGAAUGCACACCAUAUGAUACAAAAGUAUCGAUCUAUCUAUAUUUAUUUAUUACAAUAGAAGUACAAACCAUACAUAAAUAAUAGAACAGUGACUUCCUAGGCUAUCAAUCUCCAAAAAUACAUAUUUACCACAUUCCACAAACCUAUAUGGGCAGAAACACGAGUCACAAAUAGUCCCCCAACGUUUCGGCUCCUCCUGGUAGCCUUGAUAAAGGUAGCCUUGAUAAAGGUAGCCUUGAUAAAGGUAGCCUUGAUAAAGGUAGCCUUGAUAAAGGUAGCCUUGAUAAAGGUAGCCUUGAUAAAGUCUGCCUUGAUAAAGUCUGCCUUGAUAAAGUCUGCCUUGAUAAAGUCUGCCUUGAUAAAGUCUGCCUUGAUAAAGUCUGCCUUGAUAAAGUCUGCCUUGAUAAAGUCUGCCUUGAUAAAGUCUGCCUUGAUAAAGUCUGCCUUGAUAAAGUCUGCCUUGAUAAAGUCUGCCUUGAUAAAGUCUGCCUUGAUAAAGUCUGCCUUGAUAAAAGUCUGCCUUGACAGAGUCUGCCUUGAUAAAGGUCUGCCUUGGUAAAGUCUGCCUUGAUAAAGUCUGCCUUGAUAAAGUCUGCCUUGAUAAAGUCUGCCUUGAUAAAGUCUGCCUUGAUAAAGUCUGCCUUGAUAAAGUCUGCCUUGAUAAAGUCUGCCUUGAUAAAGUCUGCCUUGAUAAAGUCUACCAGGAGGAGCCGAAACGUUGGGGGACUAUUUGAGACUCGUGUUUCUGCCCAUAUAGGCUUGUGGAAUGUGGUAAAUAUGUAUUUUUGGAGAUUGAUAGCCUAGGAAGUCAGUUAUAUUACCCUGUUUCCCCGAAAAUAAGACCUACCCCGAAAAUAAGCCCUAGCUGGAUUAUCGGGGUGGGCUGCAAUAUAAGCCCUACCCCGAAAAUAAGACCUAGGCAUGGCCGGCGGCUGACGGCCCUUUAAAUGCCUCAGCCGCCUGAGCACUCCAUAGAGAGCGCUCAGACGGCUGCCGCACUGCCUCACCUCACCUCCCCUGUAGCGUGGCCGAGCUCCUUUCCGGUCCACGACCCACCCGGACUGACAGGAAGUGCACACUGGGUGUGCACUUCCUGUCAGUCCGGCCGGAUCGCGGACCGGAGAGGAGCUCGGCCACGCUACAGGGGAGGUGAGGAGAAGAUUGGAGGGGGGGGAGUAUUACAGGGAGGGAGGGGGGAUAAUAUUACAGGGAGGGAGGGGGGAGAAUAUUACAGGGAGGGAGGGGAGAAUAUUACAGGGAGGGAGGGAGGGGAUAAUAUUACAGGGAGGGAGGGAGGGGAGAAUAUUACAGGGAGGGGGAGGUGAGGGUCUCUGGGGGGUUACACAGCGCUGACACCGGCUGACAGACUGGCUCUAAGCCCUACCCUGAAAAUAAGCCCUAGUGUGUUUUUUGUGACUAAAAUUAAUAUAAGACCCGGUCUUAUUUUCGGAGAAACACGGUAUUUAUGUAUGGUUUGUACUUAUAUUGUAAUAAAUAAAUAUAGAUAGAUACUUUUGUAUCAUAUGGUGUGCAUUCAUUGUUAUUGAUUAAUUGUUUUACACAUAACCAUUGACUGUGCAUUUUAUUGCCUUUAAUCUCUGUAGGUGACACACAUCACAAUAUUAUUCCUAUCUGAUUUGCUUUAUAGUCUAUCAUCUGUGAUCCCUUGGGUCUCUCCAACUGUGAGCAGCUGUCUGCCAAUAAUUCAAAGUAAACAUGAAGAUUACAGUAAUGAUUAGCAUAAACGUGGGAAAUAUGAUCCAUUUUUAAGCUACUGAAAUUUGCAUUAGCACCAGAUUUCUAAAAAUGUUAUCGAAAAGUUUUUAACCAUUUCAACUCCAAUGUAACUGUGCACGCCAAAGAAAUCUGUUUCUCAAUCCAUGGUCCAUAAAAGUGCUACUUUAACAGAGAAGCAUUUGACUUGUCACCUGAUGGGGAGAUAUACUUGCUUUAAGCUGUCGUCCUGUUUGCCUUCAUUUUCUUGCCGUCCUAUUGCUUCAGGAGAAAAAAAUAAGUGAUUUUGUUUACCUUUCUUGCACCCGCAUGCCAAUCUCCGUGCAGCAAUUCUGAUGAUCUCAACCAAUCCAGUGUUUCUCCGUGGGGUAACAUUGGGAGACUAGUGCUCAUGUACGGUAAAUUGCCGAUUUGCAACUAUCAGCAUCGCCUCAUAGAAAUGCAGAGUUAAUGCAUCUCUAUGGGGAGCAUUCAGUCUCUUCAUUCAGAGAAUGGAGAUGCUGAAUGUUGGUCCUGCGAUCUUUGCAGGACCAAACUCAGGAAGACACUCUAGUGACUAUCUGAGUGACAGCCACAAGAGGUGGUCAUGGGCAGCAGUGUGAACAUGUAGGGGUUCUGGUGCUUAUAGCAUCCCUAUAAUAUGAGUAUGCAUGAUGCAGUCAGAAAACUGCUUCGCUAAAUCAUCAUUGAUGUGUGUUAUGCUCUAAUGAAGGCCAUUAUGGUGUUGAGAACCCUCUGUGUCCAUGUUUAAAUCUGGCACUGUCACGCUAUUAUGUGUAUGUUGGUAUUCGGCUCUGUAUCUCACCUGUAUGCUGAAGCUCCACUGAAAUCUUUGUGCUUCCUCAAAAACUGCAAAACUAGUUUAGAUUUUAUUUCCAUGUGUUUCUUUUGCAAAAGGGAGCCUGGAUGAGGACUUCAUUCAUGGUUUUGAAUAAGUGUGAGAUAAAAUGUUAUAUGAGCUAUACAUUUGUUAGAAUUAUUCAUCGAAAAAUAUGUUCUGAACGAAACAAACCUUUUUGUAACACAAUAUAUGUGCAAUAGCCCCAUAGCAGGUAAUUUUGGAUUGAUCCUUAGUCACACCACUUUCUUGAAAUUAAGGGGAGUAGGAAUGAGAGAUGCUAAUACAUUUUAAGUAUAUUGUGAGAUUUACCAAGAGGAUGUUUACUUCUAACAAGAAAUACAUUCUCCUUUGUUUCUGUGUGAGGAAAAGUCAUUUAUUUUAACCCAUUUAUGGGGUUAGUCCAAUCCUGAUGCCUUCCUUGAAGGCUAAAUAUGUGAGUACAAUUUUAAAAAAAAUGUUUUAACAUUCUUUAUAGGGACACUCCAGGCACCCAGACCACUUCUGCCCAUUGAAGUGGUCUGGGUGCCAACUCCCAUCACCCUUAAAGGAUCACUAUAGGGUCAGGAACACAAACAUGUAUUCCUGACCCUGUAGUGUUAAAACCACCAUAUAGCCCCCCAGGCCCUCUCAUGCCUCCCUUAAAUUAGCAAAAUCUUACUUGUAUUCAAGCCUGAAGCUGAAGCUCUGAAUGCUGUUUGCCUCAGAAAAACAAGCUGUCUACUGACAUCAUCAGAAGUGGUGGCCUGAUCCAAUCACAAUGCUUCUCCAUAGGAUUGGCUGAGACUGACAAGGAGGCAGAUAAGGGGCAGAGCCAGCACAAUUCAAACACAGCCCUGGCCAAUCAGCAUCUCCUCAUAUAGAAACCUAGAAUGUGACGGCAGAUAACCAUUUGGCCCAUCUAGUCUGCCCAAUUUUCUAAAUACUUUCAUUAGUCCCUAGCCUUAUCUUAUAGUUAGGAUAGCCUUAUGCCUAUCCCACGCAUGCUUAAACUCCUUUACUGUGUUAACCUCUACCACUUCAGCUGGAAGGCUAUUCCAUGCAUCCACUACCCUCUCAAUAAAGUAAUACUUCCUGAUAUUAUUUUUAAACCUUUGUCCCUCUAAUUUAAGACUAUGUCCUCUUGUUGUGGUUUUUCUUCUUUUAAAUAUAGUCUCCUCCUUUACUGUGUUGAUUCCCUUUAUGUAUUUAAAUGUUUCUAUCAUAUCCCCCCUGUCUCGUCUUUCCUCCAAGCUAUACAUGUUAAGAUCCUUUAACCUUUCCUGGUAAGUUUUAUCCCGCAAUCCAUGAACCAGUUUAGUAGCCCUUCUCUGAACCCUCUCUAAGGUAUCAAUAUCCUUCUGAAGAUACGGUCUCCAGUACUGUGUACAAUACUCCAAGUGAGGUCUCACCAGUGUUCUGUACAAUGGCAUGAGCACUUCCCUCUUUCUACUGCUAAUACCUCUCCCUAUACAACCAAGCAUUCUGCUAGCAUUUCCUGCUGCUCUAUUACAUUGUCUGCCUACCUUUAAGUCAUCAGAAAUAAUCACCCCUAAAUCCCUUUCCUCAUAUGUUGAGGUUAGGACUCUAUCAAAUAUUCUGUACUCUGCCCUGCACUUAUCCACAUUAAAUGUCAGUCGCUACAACUCUGACCAUUUUUCUAGUUUGCCUAAAUCAUUUGCUAUUUGGCUUAUCCCUCCUGGAACAUCAACCCUAUUACAUCAACCCUGUUACAUAUCUUAGUAUCAUCAGCAAAAAGACAUACCUUACCAUCAAGACCUUCUGCAAUAUCACUAAUAAAAAUAUUAAAGAGAAUGGGUCAAAGUACAGAUCCCCGAGGUACCCCACUGGUGACAAGCCCAAGUUUCGAAUAUACUCCAUUGACUACAACCCUCUGUUGCCUGUCACUCAGCCACUGCCUUACCCAUUCAACAAUAUUGGAAUCUAAACUUAAAGAUUGCAGUUUAUUGAUAAGCCGCCUUUGUGCAACAGUGUCAAGCCUUACUGAAAUCUAGGUAAGCAAUGUCUACCACCCUGAUCUAUAAUUUUAGUUACCCAAUCAAAAAAAUCAAUAAGAUUAGUUUGGCAUGAUCUCCCUGAAGUAAACCCAUGUUGUCUCUGAUCUUGAAAUCCAUGUGUUUUUAGAUGUUCAACAAUCCUAUCCUUUAACAUGGUUUGCAUCACUUUCCCCACUACUGAAGUAAGGCUUACUGGCCUAUAGUUGCCUGACUCCUCCCUAUUACCUUUCUUGUGAAUGGGCACAACAUUCGCUAACUUUCAAUCUUCUGGGACUACUCCUGUUAACAAUGAUUGGUUAAAUAAAUCUAUUAAUGGUUUUGCUAGUACACCACUAAGCUCUUUUAAUAGCUUUGGGUGUAUUCCAUCAGGUCCCAUUGACUUAUUUGUCUUUACUUUUGACAGUUGAAAUAGAACCUCUUCCUCUGUAAACUCACGUGUAAUAAAUGACUCAUUUAUCCUUUUUCUUAACUGAGGUCCCUUUCCUUCAUUUUAAUCUGUAAAUACUGAACAAAAAUAUUGAGGCAGUCAGCUAGACCUUUAUCCUCUUCUACAUACCUUCCUUUUGUUUUUAAUCUAACUAAUCCUUAUUUUACUUUUCUUUUCUCAUUUAUGUAGCUAAAAAAAGUUUUGUCCCCUUUUUUUUUACUGACUGUGCUAUUUUCUCUUGUGUGUGUGAUUUGGAAGCUCUUAUAACUUGCUUAGCCUCUUUCUGCCUAAUCUUUUUUUUUUUUUUAUAUAAUUACUAAAUGCUAACUUUUUGUUUUUUACUAUUUUGGCCACAUCUGCGCAGUACCACAGUGGUUUCUUGAAUUUUUUGCUUUUACUGACAAGCCUAAUGCAAUUUUCUGUUGCCUUCAGUAGUGCAACUUUUAAAUAAUCCCAUUUUUCUUGAACUCCAUUUAAAUUGCUCCAGUCUGAUAAUGACUCCUUUAUAUAUUACACAUUCUAAUUUUAGAAAAGUCUGUUUUUCUAAAGUCUAAACUUUUGUUUUUGUGUGGUGUGACUCAGUCACUGUUCUUAUAUUAAACCACACUGAUGAUCACUGGAUACUAAACUUUCACAUACAGUAAUAUCUGAUACCAAAUCUCUAUUUGUUAACACUAAAUCUAGUAUGGCCUCUUUACGAGUUGGCUCCUCAACGACUUGUUUUAGAGACAAUCCCAGUAGGGAGUUUAGAAUAUGUGUGCUCCUGGCACAAGCAGCUAUUUUUGUUUUCCAAUUCACAAGGGGAGGUUAAAGUCACCCAUGAUGAUAACUUCGCCCUUCAUUGUCAUUUUAGCUAUUUCCUCAACUAGUAGAUUAUCUAACAAUUCUAUUUGUCUUGGGGGCCUAUAAAUCACACCUAUACGAGUUACUGUGUGAUUACCAAAUUCUAACGUAACCCAAACAGACUCACUAACUUUUAUUAUGCUAGAUUUUAUGCUAUCCUUCACAUACAGGGGCACCCCUCCCACUUUCUUGCCUUCCCUGUCUUUUCUAUAUAAAGAGUACCCUGGUAUUGCUAUGUCCUAGUCAUUUUUCUCAUUAUACCAUGUCUCAGUAACAGCGACUAAAUCUACAUUAUCAGUUGCCAUUAUUGCCACAAGUUCAUGGAUCAUAUUCCCUGGACUGCCAGCAUUUGUAGACAUGACUCUAAGCUUAUCAUUUUUUUAACACACUUGCUUACAGGUACCUUCUGUCCUUGUUUUGGUGGACAAUUGGAUUGAUGUUUUAUCAUCCUUUUGCCCCCCCCCACCCCCCUGUUUAAAUACAUCCUAGCAAAACCUCUGAACUGCUCACUGAGAAAUUUUGUUUGAGAAAGAUGCAAACCAUCUUUUUUGUACAGUCUUUCCAUUCCAAACAGAGCUACCAUGAGAGAGCCAAAUCCUUGCUCCCGACACCAUUCACCAAGCCACAAGUUAAAGUCCCUAAUACGCAACCGCCUGUCGUUGUGAGUGUUAUGCACAGGCAGAACUUCAGAGAAUGACAGUGUGGAAGCAACCUGCCGUAUAUCAUUGGCAAAAACACUAAAAACUUCCUUAACCUCUGAAACCUCAUUGCAAGCCAAGUCAUUUGUCCCUAGAUGGACAAGUACAUCCAAUUCCCUUUCCUGCUUUUCUCGCUUAACAAUGAAUCUCUCUGAGGAAAGUUCAGUGUCUGCAUGCAGAGGGAGGAGACACUGAAUGUUUGGAUGCAUUUUAGGCAGCCACGACCCAGGAAGGAUCUCUUGCAGCCAUCUGAGGAGUGGCCAGUGAAGUUAACACUAGGCUGUAAUGUAAACACUGCAUUUUCUCUGACAAGACAGUGUUUACAGCAAAAAGCCUGAAGGUAAUUCUACUCACCAGAACAAAUUCAAUAAGCUGUAGUUGUUCUGGUGACUACAGUGUCCCUGUAACCCUGCAAGUGUAAUGAUUGCAGUUUUUAUAAACUGCAAUAAUUACCUUGCAGGGUUAAGUCCUCCCCUAGUGACGGUCUAUCAGACAGCCACUAGAGGGACUUCAGGGUUUUUAAAACCCAGAAAAGUGUUUUAAACUACGCUGUACGUCCUCACGCUAUGCAUGAGGACUUCCAGUGUCACCGAAAUCCCCAUAGCAAAGCAUUGAAUAAUGCUUUUGUGGGCGUGGCCAUUGCCGCGUAUUCAGUCUCCCCCCCCCACUGAUGUCAGGAAAGUGGGCGGAGCCUGACCCAGGUAAGUCACUGAAGGGGUUUUAACACUGGAGGGGGGCACUGACGGAUCCUGCAGUGCCAGGAAAAUGGGUUUGUCACUUUAAAUUUGGACCCUGUAGAGUCCCUGAAAAUUUGUUUACAUUUUUCUUUUUAUGACUUUACAAAAUUAUUUUAUUUAUUUUCUCUGCCUCGUAAAAAAAAAAGACAGUUCCGUUUGACCUCAAUGUUUUUCUUUUUGUUUGAGAGGGUUAAAAAGUCUCCACGCCACCAUCCAACACCAUCUCUGGACUUGCGUGGUCCAAUAAAAUGUUUUUAACAGAGAAGCAUUUGACUAGACUAUUUUAUUGACUCAGGCUGCAGAGCUGUGGUAGAAGGAGCUUGCAGUGCCAGUGGAAGCAGCCUCACAAGUUGUUGUAGCAUGAAAGGGAUGGUAAAAAUUGUUACGCACUGGGUGUUGAAUUGGACUUAAUGAACUUGCUGCCACUAUCCUGAGAAUAAAUACUACUAAUAGUUGUGGCUGCCAUGUCAGAGGCAUCAGCAGUCUUCACUGUAGAGGUGUUCCAGCUCUCAGAAGCUAUGGCCCAAUUUUAGCUUGGGGUUAGUACGUGAUAUUGAUGAUGAUGAGUUUGUUUUUCUCAUUACAAUAACUUGGGUAAGGUAUUUGAAUCAUUGUGUAAAGUAACUUUUUAUAGAGCAAAAAUAGGUUUUGACGUUUGUGUUGUGAAAUGGGUUGUUGCUUGGUGGAGUUGCUAUUGCAAAGUUAUUGUGUUCGACAUUAAAGGACCACUAUAGUGCCAGGAAAACAAACUUGUUUUCCUGGCACUAUAGUGCCCUGAGGGUGCCCCCUCCCGCCCGGCUCUGGAAAGGGGUAAAAACUUACCUUUUUCCAGCGCUGGGCGGGGAGCUCUCCUCCUCCGAUCCUCCUCCUCUCCGCCCAUUCGGCUGAAUGAGCACGCGCGGCAAGAGCUGCGCGCGCAUUCAGCCGGUCGCAUAGGAAAGCAUUUACAAUGUAUUUCUAUGGACGCUUGCGUGCUCUCACUGUAAUUUUCACAGUGAGAAUGACGCAAGCGCCUCUAGCGGCUGUCAAUGAGACAGCCGCUAGAGGCUUUUGGGGGAAGGAUUAACCCAUUUAUAAACAUAGCAGUUUCUUUGAAACUGCUAUGUUUAUAAAAAAAAAAAAUGGGUUAACGCUAGCUGGACCUGGCACCCAGACCACUUCAUUAAGCUGAAGUGGUCUGGGUGCCUAGAGUGGUCCUUUAAACACUGCACAAGUGCUCACACAUUUGCACCACCCACCUUGUCCCGAACAUAAAAAAUAGUAUAUUCUUUCUCCAAACGGUUAACAAAAACAACUUUUAGCACCUGAAAGCUUGUCUCACACUUGGAUCAAUGAGCCAGGCUAAGCAAAUGUUUGUUUGUUUUUUCUCUGAUACUACAGUCCACAAAAGAGGCAUUUAUUUUCUUCCAAACAGUUAACAAAAAAGGUGUAUUUUUAAAAUAGUCUCACUAAUAUCAAUGACAAAAUGCCUACCAAUCUCCUAUCUCCCACUCAUUUGCUUCUAGUGCUCUUGGCAAUACAGCAUGAAGCUAAACCUAGUCUUUCUCUCAUUAUCAUCAGUGACACAGACAUCUACUCCAACAUAGCCACAGCAAAAAAAAAAAAACACACAGGAUCAUUGCUUGUCUGACUCCCAUCAAUAGCUAAAGUCAGUGUCUAGAAGAAUCCUACUUGGAAGUACAGUUGUUCUAUAGCUUCUCCCUUUUCUCGUCUGCUGGCUUCUUCACUUGAUCUGUGAAUAAAAGAAUAAUAAUUUAGUGGCUGUCCACUAAUCAUUAAUUGUAAUUAAUUACAAUUAUUUAUUUGGUACCUCUUGGUUAGACAGCAGAUCUAGCCCUAGUGAAUGGUUAGACCUCCAUGUGAAUCGAAGUGAAAUGCCCCCUGAAUCACGAAUGAAAACAGCAUGUUUGGACCUGCACAAGACUGCAUACAUUCCAAAAUUAAUCUCCAAGUCUAGAUCGUAUUCAAAUGUAAAGUCUGAAUUCAAACAUACAUUCUAUAAAGAAGUAUUAACGAACCUCCCUUAGGCACUGUGAUAAGGGACGCCUCUAGAAAUGUUCGUGAUCAAUGUAUCUAUAUAGACUUGUUUUCUUUUUGUUUGGAUUUUUUUUAUUGAUUUUUUUUUUUUUUUUGUAUGUUACCACAUUGCUCAAAGAAUCACCAUUGACAUCCUUGGGCAGUUUUGUAUUGAUUUAUUUCGGAUGUUGCAAGAUCACGAACAGUGCUUUGCAAUUUGCAUGUUUGUGUGGCAUUAAAGGAACACUAUAGUCACCUAAAUUACUUUAGCUAAAUAAAGCAGUUUUAGUGUAAAGAUCAUUCCCCUGCAAUUUCACUGCUCAUUUCACUGUCAUUUAGGAGUUAAAUCACUUUGUUUCUGUUUAUGCAGCCCUAGCCACACCUCCCCCGGCUAUGAUUGACAGCGCCUACAUGAAACCAAAACUGGUUUCACUUUCAAAUAGAUGUAAUUUACCUUAAAUAAUUGUAUCUCAAUUUCUAAAUUGAACUUUAAUCACAUACAGGAUGUUCUUGCAGGGUCUAUCAAGCUAUUAACAUAGCAGGGGAUAAGAAAAUCUUAAUUAAACAGAACUUGCAAUAAAGAAAGCCUAAAUAGGACUCUCUUUACAGGAAGUGUUUAUGGAAGGCUGUGCAAGUCACAUGCAGGGAGGUGUGACUAGGGUUCAUAAACAAAGGGAUUUAACUCCUAAAUGGCAGAGGAUUGAGCAGUGAGGCUGCAGGGGCAUGUUCUAUACACCAAAACUGCUUCAUUAAGCUAAAGUUGUUCAGGUGACUAUAGUGUCCCUUUAAGUAAUUUUACAGUGAAAGCAAUGGUUAUUUUUUUUAAAAAUGUAUCUUUCUUUUAUUUGAUUUUUUUUAUUGUAAUUAUCUAUUUAUUUUUUCCCCAAAACUAUACCUUGGAAGCUAUUGCUAUUUUGAAGUAGACAGCUGUUAUUGAAUUAUAUGGUAACAAAUUAGACAAGGUUUCAGGAAGACAGAGAAUUGUUCAAAUGAUUCCGCACGACUUUUAAAGGUUGAUGCUUUGUUGUAAGGUAAUGUGUUCCAGUGUGAUUGAUGUUGGAUAUAUUUCCAUGUUCUAGGUGCACCAGAGACUUCCUGCAUGGCUCAGCCAAAGAGUAGUGUUUUGCAGCAGUACAGCAUCGCCCUCUAAUGGUAAGUAGAAUUAUUGUUAACUUUAAAUUAUUUUGUAAUAGGCUUUUUUAUUUUAAUCCACCCAGCCUCCCUUUGGUAGAGCUGUUUUAAAAAAAAUUUUUUUAAUGUUUUUUGUGUAACAAUAUUUGUCAUGUGUAUUCGUAGUGUAUUAAUGUAUAAAUUACAUCAUCCUUAUAUUUCUUCUCUUUUCAUUUUAGAUGUAACUGUGAUUUACCAAAACGGGUUACCUGUGAUCUCUGUUAGCCUUCCUUCCCGACGGGAAAGGUGCCGAUUUACCCUCAAGCCCAUCUCUGACUCAGUUGGAGUAUUUUUGCAGCAGCUCCAGGCAGAGGAUCGAGGGAUAGACAGAGUUGCGAUCUAUUCAACAGGUACUUGGGGUUAAAUUAAUGUGAGGGACAAUUCUUGACUACAAAAAGUAAUCUGGGCGAGCCACAAUUGAAGUCUAAAAGUAAAGAUACAAGUCCGUGUUGUAAAGCACUCGAACUGGUAGAAACCUAAUCAGACAUUGUCAGGGUUCCACAGAUACCAUUUUGUAAUUAUGGAAAAUAAUAAAAUAUAAAGUAUGGCUAGUAUUCCAUAGUUUUUAAUGAUGCAGUUGUUUUCUUAUUGCAGCCACAAUAAAAAAAAUCAUGUAUCGGUUGGGUACAGUCAAACUAAAUGUAUCUUUCAAAAAUGAGAUGAAAAUGUUUAGCAGGGUAAUGAGUUAUAUUUAAAAAAAGGAAAAAUCAUUCAGCGUGAGCCUGCAACAUUACCUUAUAAUAGAUUUCUAUAAUAUGUUCUGUUGUUUGAAAGUUGUCCAACGUUGUCCCUUUGCUCUUGACAGACUUUAGUUCUGAGAAUUGUAACCAUACCAUGUCACUCCACUUGUUAGCUUGAUGUUGAAACCUUGGCAGAUCUUACAUGCAUAAUCUUUUAUUCCAGAUGGGGCCCGUAUGGCUGCUUCCACAGGAAUUGAAGUUCUUCUUUUGGAUGACUUCACACUGUCCAUAAAUGAUAACACUUACCUUGUGCGACCACCAAAAAGAGGUACAGCAUUGCUGCUUUAGUAUCAAAUAGACAAUUUAUUUAGGAUUACUAUAUUCACAUGAUUACAUAAGAUAAACAGGUUGUGAAAUGCACCCUAAAAAUGUUUUACCAAGUGAAUAAAAAGAAAAGCAAAACAUUUUUAAUUUUUAACAAAGUAAAAUAGGGUUAUUUUUUUUUCUUCAAUGGGUGCUGUGGCCCUUAUAAUUUAAUUGACACAUGAAAUUGAACUAUACAAAUAUCACAUUCUAUGCCCAGAAUAAAGGGUUACUAGUAGACCAGUAGGUGUUCUCUCGUUGUCUCUGGAUAAGCUGUUCUGGUUUUCAGAAAUAUUGGUGGAUUCAUGGACUAGCCAAACCAUAUGGCCAGCUCACAUGAGUAUUUGAGGAAGAUAAAUAAGGAAGAACCUUUAUUUGUGUCCAGAACUUUUAAGCCAUGAAGACGCAACGACACUGAAUGACCUGAAAACCCUAGUGCAGCAACUGUACAGUACACUUCGGAUUGAAGAACACCAACUCAAUAAGGAGCGGGAGCUGAAUGGGCGGUUAGAGGACCUUCGAGGGCAGCUAGAACCUCUUGAAAAGGUAAAUAAAUCUUACUUACCAGAACUAAAGACCAGUUAAGUUUCAGUUAAUUGUAUUGAUGUUUUCACUAGAAUACCUAAUAAGGUUUCAGAUUAUUUCCAUACUUAUUGAAUCCCGAUGUUUACGAUAGGAGAGGAAUUAACGUUACACAAUGCUGUAGAAGUGGUGAAACCCAAUGCAAUCAUUUUUUUGGGGACCAUCGCCUAUAGAGUAGUAAUGGCCAAAAUGUAGAUCCUCUAAUCCAUAUACCUCCAUCCAUUCAAUCCUUCCUGUCUCUCUCCAUUUCAUGUUAUAUUCCUUCCACCUGUCUUUCCAGCACUCCAUCAUCUCUAUUUUUAUUUCCACUGGAAACUGUACUGUAGCUUGCCAAGUGGAAUGCGCUGGGCACAUGGUUCACUCUUCACGGUGAUGUCCUAAAUGUAGAUAGUCUGGAAUCUGUCUCUCAUCUUACACAUUCUGUCCACACCAGAACAGCAGAGAGUGCAGGAUCAGUAAUCCUGUCUUCAUUUUCUGUGUGUUUAGAUUCUUAUAAUGUGAUAUAAAUACUAAUAUUUUGUUGCCCCAGCUAUCCCUUGCCUUUCAGAGCAGACUUCACAUUGCUUUAUAUAAGCUAUUGCCCUUUAGGGGGUCUGUGUAAAAUGAGAUGGCACAAAGAGUGAAAAGUUAUUUGUGCCAGGAUUGCUUUCAGUUGAUUUAACAGUGCACUUACUUGCCAUUCAAUGCUUAUUAAACAAUACAUCAUUAAACAAAUAUUAUUGUAUAACAGGUUCGUCUUGAGAUCAGCCGAAAAGCAGAGAAGCGAACUACAUGGGUGUUGUGGGGGGGCAUGGCGUAUAUGGCUACUCAGUUCGGAAUUCUCGCCCGUCUGACGUGGUGGGAAUACUCCUGGGAUAUUAUGGAACCGGUCACCUAUUUUAUCACGUAUGGCAGUGCCAUGGCCAUGUAUGCCUACUUUGUGCUAACACGGCAGGUAAGUUGUACAUAAAAUUUAUUUUGAUAUCUAGAACAUAUCCGGCAGUGGUAGUUAUAAUGGUUGAUCUAGACAGGUCUAGAAGUAGAGAAGGAGGUACGGCAGACACAUAUGGAAUUGUUCUUGGUUGAGAUAAGUCGAAUGGUUCCAUAGGAUUGAAAAUCAAUGAACUGGGUUUAUAUGUGAAGGUGUUGUUGUUCAAUUGUAAAGACAAGGAUUAGAAAUGUAAUAAUUAAGUAUGGAGUCUAUCGAAACCAGUGAGGAGAUCGAUACAGUGGAAUAAAAGGCAAGAUAAAUGAGUCAGUAGGGUAAGGACAUUAACUGCUGGAGAGAAGGCGCAGCUCAAAAGCGGACUAAAUGUGUUUCAAAUUAUUUCUAUGCAACUUGCAAGUCAGGGUUGCUGUAAUCAUUGUUUUCAGUUUCACAGUAAGGGGGAGCAUUUGGGAGUAGUAUUAGUGGUUUGGUAGGAGAAAAAGUCUCAUAUAAAAAAAAAAAAUUUCCUUUUUGAGUACUUAAAGGUCUGUACAAAAUGAAAAAAACUAAGAAGAAAAUAUAGAUGAUGGUUGGAUCUCACUAGACUAGAACGGUACUGUGAAUACUUGGAUCCAAUACAGGUGGAGGCUGGGCAAUGUCAGGUUUCUGUUGCCACGAUCCCUGUUAUGGUCGCCUUGCGAAUUUGUGUUUGUGAUCUGUACAAAAGGUAGCUGGUUGGAGGGAUCGUGGGGAGAGCAGUGCUGCUUGGAAUAAACGCUGGGCUCUCUUGCAGGGUACAGAUGCAUGAUACAGUUCACCAGGGGGCUGCGCGCUUGGGAUCGAUAUCCCUUCAAAGGCCCUCUGAUGAUGGCCAAAGAGAAGGAAAUAUAUUUUGUGUAAAUAGAAUAGAAACCAGCAGCAAUUUUCUUAUUUCUGGAAGAUCCAAGACCUGAAUCUAUGUUGACGGCAUUAAGCAUAUAAUAAUAAUAAAAAAAAUAAAAUAAAAAAAAAAAUUAAAAAAAUUAAGUAUAUAAAGAAAUUUUGGUUUUAUUUAACAGUUGGAUUACUUGUCUUGAUAACUUAUGGUGUAAGUGUGUGUAUUGUCAGAUCUGUUAUGGAUUCUAAUUUUAUAUAGCCUACUGGUUUGGCUUUCUCUCCUUUUAUUUAAACCCUUUCUCCUUUUUACAGGAAUAUAUAUACCCAGAUGCCAGAGACAGGCAGUACUUAAAUUUUUUCCAUAAAGGAGCCAAAAACAUAUCUUUUGACAUAGAAGAAUAUAAUCGACUCAAGCAUGCUAUUGCUCAGGUACAAUGUUAAAUGUAAUCCUAUAGCGCUUGUAACAUUUAUAGUUCUGUAGUAUUGUGUAUAAAGUGGCGCUGUCCCUAUAUUUCUUUUAAAAGGUCCACUGAGAACCAUUUCUACAGCAAAUAAAUAUUAUUACCAAAGCUGUUUAAGUUUAUCUUCUAUUAACAGCAAUUAUCAGCAAAAGAAGUGGUAAUUUUCGAAAUCCGUCAGUUUUCAUUGUUUGUUAAUGUUUAAAUAAAAGAAUAUGUGAUUUAAUUUGCCUAUCGCUAUGUAGAACAGUGGUGCCCAAAAGGUAGAUCCCCAGAUGUUUUAAAACGACAGCUUCUAAAGGCAUGCACAGGAUCAUGGGAGUUGUAUUUCUAAAACAUCUGGGGAUCUACCUUUUUGGCACCCCGAUUUAAAAUAUGCUCGGUAGUACUCUGCUUUUACCUGUGCGUGAGAGAUGCUUCACACCUUGGCAAAAAGUCAGUGUUUGUUAGGAAUCUACAAGCUACAGAACAGAUUUAAAAUGGUCAGCAUAAGCUAUAGGCACUUUUAACUGUGCUUCACUCUUUUAUUUGACAGCAGAGGCAGUUUAAUACGCCAAGUACGACAAAUGUGAAAACUAUUUUAACAUCUUUCCAGCAUUGCAUCAGAUAAAAAUGUACAAAAUUAAUAUAUAGAUUUUUAUUUUAUUUUUUUAUUUUUUAUGAAUAUAAAUAACAUGCAUCUUUUCUUCUUGCAGGCUGAGCUGGACCUUAAAAGACUGCGUGAUCCCCUCCAGGUGCAACUUCCAAUCCAACAAAUUAAUGAUAAGGAUUGA